AUGGUAACUUCUCAUCUUAUUCGAAUAGUAACCAAUAAACGAUAUCAACCCGUUGAAGGAGCUAAUGGUUAUGUCAUAUUCAAUUAGGAUUGUAUUCCAUUGAAAAGAUCAGAAAAGAACAUCUCUUAUGAAAAGGCUGUUCACAUGUCUGCUUUGGUUGCUGAUUUAUGGAAUGUGACUAAAAAGUGCAUUUAGAGGGAUUUGAGGAAUCAAGAUGUAUUUACUUUAUUAAUCUCAAAAGAACGAUUUGGAAGUCAUCAGAAUCAGAACUAAAGCUUAAUCAGAAUAUAUAAUUUCACAAUGUAUUAAGAGUUAUAUCAAUUAGAGGGGGAUUAUACUAUGAUCGGAAUAUAAUUAUGCGGCAAGGCAAUCGAGGAAGCCAAAUCGGCUGCAGCUGCAGAAGCAUAGGCUCUUGCGGAAGCAGAAAAAGCAAAAAAAGGAGAUAAGGAAUAAAGUUGA